UGUUUAUUCUAACUCUCUUAUCUUUCCCAUGCUAUUGGUUCAAUGCGCAGGUAAAAUAUGGUGAUCUGGUAGGUGCCGCCGCCUAAAGGCGAUCUUCUAUAAUCAUUCAGUUAAAGGGGAGGUUAUGUCGCGACAACUAAAUCAUAGUAUCAGUGGAGUGUGUUGUGUUUUUAAUGAACAACAAAAUCAAUGAUAGCCGAAUAUGGCUGAAGAAUUACACGUAGUUUUAAAUCGGAGUGAAAAUACCGGGUUUGGGUUUUCUUUAUUAGGAGAACCUGGUUUACCACCUAUUAUUUACAAUAUACUCGACGAUUCUCCAGCCGCUGAAAGUGGUGAGGUAGAAGUUGGAGAUGUAAUUUUAAAAGUUAACGAAACCGAUGUGAUACGAUUUAGUACGAAAGAAGUUCUCAAAUGUCUGCGAUUAUCUUCAGACCCAGUUACGUUGAAAAUUAAACGAGAUCCAAAAAUCAAAGCGACGGUCCACAAACAUCUUUGCGAUAUAGAAAAAACCUCUAAACUACCCGCUGUUCACACUACUAACAUAACCUCACUUUCUAAUUCUAAGAAACCAGAACCGGCAGUUCAUAAGACACAAAAUGCUUUGAUACGACAUGGUUCAACAACAAAUGGUAGCUGUGCGGAACAAGAACCUCUCCUUCAUCAAGACCAUCACGAAGAAGAUCAACUGCGACCGUUUGAGAGCGAACAAAAUGAACGAUUACAAUGGCAACCAUUGGCUGCAUACACCAAUGAAUUCAUUAACAAAUCGAAGACACAUGGACAACCGAAAUUCGAGGCAUAUAUGAUGACCGGUGAACAUAUUUUGAAUAUAUCGAGAAUGCCGCAGACUACAACCAUUGUACCUAAGCAACAGAAGAAGAUUUUGUUACAGAUGGAGAAUCUGAGAUAUCACAAUAGUCACGCCCAUCAUCUAAGGCAUCAACAGCAUACCUCGGUACCAAACAGUCCCAACGAAUCAGAUUUGGGACGUAACGCUACUAAAACUGGUCCAAAUUCAGCUUCUACUUCCCCUAUUAGUGCCAACAAAAGAGAUCAACAUCAACCGUCUCCCGUUGAUUCUUACAAUUACGUAAGAACAAGUAGAUCAGAGGACCAACUUCAAGGUCAAAACGAUCUUUACAACGUGAGCGUCGCCAAUUCGGAAGCAGACGAAGAUGUUACGAGCUCUCUGAACACGUUACUCGACACACGACCCGAUUCCGCAACGGGGAAUUGUAACAGCGACAGCGAUCGCAUCGUUUGGACUUACAAUGCACCGAUUUCCGAUCAACACAAAUUCGCUCAUGCGCUAUCGAACGGAAGUAGUUCUUCGCAUAGCAACGCUUCUCCGACAUCUUCGAGUCCGUUACAUUCUACCGGAUCUCCCGCUUCGCCUACUUCAGUGUCUUCCUCUGUGAUGUCCAGCCAUUCAGGUAUUUCAGGAUCAAAACGAACUCCAUACGGUCUUUCUAAUGGACCUACGGGACAACUACCGGGAGGCGGCGAUUACAGUGUUUCAGAAGCGGUAUCGAAUAUUUCCAGUCCCGAUUAUCAUGACGAUGAUAUAGUCGGUUUACGAGAUUGCGUUAUGGAAAUUAGUGAUCAUAGUGAUAGUGACAGUACUUUGUUAGUGUCAGAACCUCGACAGAGGCAUGUUAGAGUACAUAACAGUAAUUCGAUGGGUAGUGGUAAUUCGGACGGUAGUGAUCAUCGAAUUGUGAUACAAGUGAAAGGACCCGAUAAGGAUAGACAUAGACAGAGUGAUAGUAUGUCGACGUUGAAAGAAGAUAGCGAUAGUUAUCAGGUAUCGAAUGAUGUAUUACAAGAUUUAGAACACGAAGAAGACGGUUUUCGGGAGAUAUCUAAUAAUAAAUCGUCUCCGUUAUCUUCGGAAGAUGAAAGUGAUGUAGAAAGUCUUCAUAGUUUUCACUAUUCACCUAAAGCGGUCGAUAUGCCUUCCGCUAUCAGACUUGCGAAAAGGUUGUAUAGUCUCGAUGGUUUUAAGAAAUCUGACGUUUCUAGACAUCUUAGUAAAAAUAACGAUUUUAGUAGAGCAGUGGCAGAAGAAUACCUGAAAUAUUUUGACUUCGAAAAAGAUACCUUAGAUAUAGCUUUAAGAAAGUUCCUGAAGCAAUUCUCUCUCACCGGCGAAACUCAAGAGAGGGAACGAGUUCUUGUUCAUUUUUCCAAGAGAUAUUUAGACUGUAAUCCCGGAUCUUUCAAUUCUCAAGAUGCCGUACACACUUUAACUUGUGCCAUUAUGUUGCUCAACACAGAUAUACACGGCCAAAAUAUAGGAAGGAAAAUGACUUGUAACGAAUUCAUAGAAAAUUUAGCUGGUUUAAACGAGUGCGAAAAUUUCCCGAGGGAUGUUUUAAAACAAUUGUAUCACGCGAUCAAAAAUUAUCCUCUGGAAUGGGCGUUGGAUGAAGAACCCGAAGAAAGAAAUAGUGUACAAGUUCAACCCAGAAGUACGGAUAGCGGUAACAUUGGAGGUAAUCCUUUCCUUGAGAUACCAGUUAUGGCUAAUGCCGUUGAAUACAAGAAAGGAUAUGUCAUGAGGAAAUGUUGUUACGAAGCUAACGCCAAAAGAAGCCUUUGCUGCAUUUUUUUAGCACCGUUUCACAAACGUAGCUGGAAGAUGUUUUAUUGCACACUCCGAGACCUGGUGCUGUAUUUACACAAGGACGAAAACGGCUUCAGGAAGAAUCAGAUGGGGGAUAAUUUACAUAACGCCAUCAGGAUACAUCAUGCGUUGGCUACCAAGGCUUCGGAUUAUACCAAAAAACAGUACGUCUUUAGAUUACAGACUGCAGAUCAAGCGGAAUAUCUCUUUCAAACUAGUGAUUCAAAGGAAUUGCAAUCUUGGAUAGACACGAUCAAUUUCGUGAGUGCGAGUUUUUCAGCGCCGCCAUUGGAAGCAGCCGUUGGUUCUCAGAAGAAAUUCCAGAGGCCGUUGCUACCAUGCAGUCACACUAAAUUAUCUUUGAGAGAACAACUAGCGGAUCAUGAGGAGAGAGUAAUGAGACUGGGAGCUAUGUUGGAUGAUCAUCGGAAAUCUCCACCAGAAAAAGGAUCAAAAUCACAAGUCAUACAAAACUAUAAGGAAAAGGAAACUUAUCUAACUUAUGAGUUGAAACGGUAUAAGACUUAUAGUUUGAUGUUGCGUUCAAAGAUGUCGCAUUAUCCGGAACUGACGGUCAGUUUGGCGGAAAACUCUAUCGGCGAAGCGGACGAAACGCUGGCGGGCGCGAUUGGACCAUCUGUUUGCUUGUUGGACGAGACGGGAGGUGGCGUCGUGGCGCCCCCAUUACCGGAUCGCCCUUCUCCCACUGUGAAUAGGUGUAGUUUUACUCUUGUGCACAUUAUUUACUAUCCCGAUGAUCAAACAAUGCUCCUAAGGGAUAGGAAAGAAUCCGAAUAAGAGGGCUUAGGAAUCCCUGACCGAAAUCCACCAUUAGAGAUACAUAUACACGUGUCCAGUGCAAUAGGAGACAAACAAAUUAUCGGAGAUUUUUUAUAAAACUCUUUCAUCCAGAUGUGUGUUUAUCGUUUUGAAUUAAGUCAACGAAACUGUGGAUAUGCAACAAUUUAUCAAAUUUAAUUUAAAAUAUCAUUUACACACUUUGUUUUGACCUGUUCGGAAUGUAUGAAAAAAAUUAGUUAUACCGAUAUGACUAAGGGCAUCUUCUGACACAAAAAACAAAGUUAAAAACUAGUUUUUACGAAAAAAAAUUAUUGAUUGGGAGUCCAAGCUGCUGUUACUUGGGCACUUUUAUAGAAAACGUUAUAAAUUCCAUUUAAAUCAGCCAAUGCCACUCUGGAUUUAGAUGAAAUAAGUGAAAUUAGAUCUGGUACAGACAAAAAAAAAUUAAUGUGUCUUAUUUUUCGGGAAUAAAAGACAAAAUUGAGUGAAAUAUUCGGUUGGUAACAAACUGAAAAAAAAAAAUAAACAUCAUCCAGAUGGAAGUCUUUAUCUGCAUCAUAAUCAUCAAACACUUCAUAUUGAUCACUAUUUUUCUCUUUGGGUUUUUCUUAACAGCAAAUAGACUUGAACCUGAAGUUAAUGCGACUUAUAUCGAUACAGUAUUGUCAAUGUCACCAACAGCCAAUCAAUGUCUUCAUUAAAAGGAGUUGGUAAAUCUCUUGGUCCAAAAGUUCUUCUUCUCCGUAAACUUUACUUUUCAAGAAUGCCAAUACAAAAAAAAACAUAUGGUGUGUUGUCGGGUGAACGGGAAUGCCAAGAAAUCCUUCCGAUUCGGGAAAAUCCCAUUAAAAAUAUUCAUUCUCACACUGUAUUCCCGAACCACUCGAAUUUUGUAAGGGUGAUGGUGCGAAUCUGACCUCAAAAUCUGUCGGAAAUUCCAAGAGCGGGAUUCUUCCUACAGUGUUCAACAUUCUCAGGAGUUCGAAAAGAUCUCGUUUGAUCGUUGUUUGUCACCCGAAAAUUUAUUGAAUUUACACUAGGCGCUGGUUGAUUAACUUCAAAAUGAGUACAAAAACGACGCUCGGCUUUCACAACAAACUUUCAGUGUUUUUGUGACUAUUUCAGGGCAAAUGAAAUGCUUUCUACGUAUCCACAACGAUUUCAAAAAUGUAGAAUUAACUGCCGCACCUUGUAUAUAAUAUGCAUUUAAAAAGAAGAGACAAAGCUGCUAGGUGAAAAAUUCUGAUUCUAUUCGUGAUUACAUUUGUAUAUUUGCAGUUUCGUGUACUAAUGGUCCAAGGGCAUAAAACAGCAUCGAUUUAGUACACGACGUUUAAGUUCGUAAACCGCUAGAUAAAAGUUAGUUUUCCACCAAACGGUAUUUCUCGCUAUUCGUUCUGGCCGCAAAUGAAACUGGCAGGCUGUUUUCCAGGCCUCAACUAAUAACUGCCAGAAAUGGAACAUCUUCGGAAAAAUUCGAACAAUCUCGACGUAGAUAUCAAAUCAAAAGUAUUCGAAACCUUUUUUUCACGUCUAUUGCUACCCCAAUUAAAGAAAAAUCACCUUUCAUUUUUGUACAUCGCGCCCGAUUCCAAGCCGCGUCCUCAGGCUCUUAGGCCGAUUUUUUUCCUAUGAAUUUUCCGAACUUUCAAUCGCUUCUGUCGAGGGUUUUCCGACUAAUCCGAUUUCUGGCACUACUGCUCUUAAUUAAGGUCCCGAAAAAAAUAUGAAAAAAGUUUUACGUGUGUACCUUUUUUUCGGUAUGGAUUUUCCGGAACUUUGGGUCGCUUCUGGCGGAGGUUUUCCAAACAGAUACAGUUCUGGUACUAUUGCACCGGGCUAAGUAGAAUGUAAAAACUUUUAACGCGUGUACCUUAUUAGUUUUUCCGGUAUAUUUCUCGUCGUGGAAAACAGGCUGCCAUUUUCAUUUGCUGUCAUAACGAAUAGACAGAAAUACCGUUUGGUGAAGAACUAACUUUUAUCUAGCGAUUUACGAACUUGAACGUCGUAUACCAAAUUGAUGCUGUUUUAUGUAGUCUAAAAUGAAUUUAUUAGGAAAAAAAGACAUAACACAUUGCCAAAGAGAUUUGUAUUUUUAAUAAAAUCGAAUAUAUUGUGGUAUUAUGAUGUCAUUUUAGCAUUUAUCUUUUUUUGCUUAUUUGUUUUACCUGAUAAUUGACAUCAGGGCUUUUUGCUGAUUUUAUAUAAAUAUGUAUAUUAUAGCUUACUUGUACAUUUUUAUUUUAAAUAUAAUAUAA